GACAUAAAUAAAUUUGUCAUUGUCUAAUGUCUAUCUUUUUUUGAUUAUUGAAUUUUAUCGGAACAAAGAGAUCUUUAAACCGGCAUCUAUAUUUUGCUUAAAUUAUGGAAGGAAUUCAGGUCAUAACUCAAGAUUUUAUAAAUGUUCAAAUAACAAAAUCGGACAGCGACGAUGCAGCUCCGGUGGAACGCAGAUUUAAAAAAGGAAUUACAAUACAUGAAUUUAAGACUAAAUUAGAGCUUCUAACUGGUGGCUCAGCUUCAACAAUGAAACUUAAAGUUUAUGACAGCAAAAAUAAUUUUGUGUGUGACAUAAACAAUGAUGAUGCCUUGCUUGGUUCUUACCCAAUUGAUGAUGGGAUGCGGAUACAUGUCACAGAUAAUUUCACCUUGUUUAAAGAUUUUGCAGAUUCUGAUAGUGCAGAAAGAUUCCGUUUGUCGGAAGAAGAAUAUGAAAAAAAAGGUGAUACUCUACGUUCAUUUCUCCAACGUAACAAACUUGGCAAAUACAAUGAAGAAGAAACAAACAAAAUGAAAGAGCAACAGCAAAAGGAAGUUGAGGAAGAAGCUAAGUUAGCGGAAGCAGUUCUGGUGGGGGCGCGCUGCGAGGUGCGAGUGCCGGCGCAGGGCACGCGCCGCGCCACCGUGCGCUACAACGGGCCGCUGGACAACGCGCGCGGACUGUGGAUCGGCGUGCAGUACGACGAGCCGCGCGGGAAGAACGAUGGCUCGGUCAAUGGCAAGAGGUAUUUCACCUGCCCACCUAAAUAUGGAGGUUUCGUCAAACCAAUGUAUGUCACUGUGGGGGACUUUCCAGUGGAGGAGUUUGACUUGGAAGAUGAGAUAUGAACAUUUCGAGCACAAGAAAAGAGAAUAAUGGUCUAAAUUAUUCAUCAGUGGCAUUAUACUAACGUUUUGAAACCAACCUGAGCAUUCAUAUAAUUGCUUUUUGAUCAUAUUUUUAAUUACAUAAAAACAUAUAAUAUUGCUAAUAUUACUCAAUUCAUAUUUAGAAUUACAAUGUAACGAUAAGUGUUAGUUGAAUACAAUUGGUCUGCAAUGCCACUGAUGAAAUCAAUUAUUUUUAUAUUAUACAUACUUAUGUAGGUGCUUAAACAUAAUCAUAGAUUUAGUAAAUGUAUAAUUAUUGUCUAAUUUAUGCUUUUUCACUGUUCGCUGGUGAGUUCAUUUUUAAGAACUUUACUUUUACAUUGCACAAUCAUGUUUUCAAAAAUAUAUUUUUUUUACUAAAAUUAAAAUUUGUAUUGAUAAUUUUUAAUUGAUUGUAUUACGUUACAUGUAAAUUUAUAUGUAUUAACAUUCCACAAAAUUAUAACGCGAUUCUAAUAGACUUGAUCUACUAAAAAUAAAUUGUCAAGUUACAAUAAAUUCAGUUACUCUGUAAUUUCAAAUAAAUGAGAAUAAUGACAAUUUUACAAUUCUUCAUUUAACAACAUAUACCCACCCUAUAAUCAAAAUGAAAAUAUUAUUUAUUUAAGUCGGCUAAAUGCCGGUAUAAGCCGGUUUUAUAUAAUUUUCAAUAUUUAUCAACAUGUAACUACGGCCACUGUCUCGCUCCAUGCGCGUCUUAGCGUAAAUUUAUAUGGCCAAUCUUUCUUUACGCACCAAAUACAAUAAAACACUGUUUUUUGCUAUGAACUGUCUAUCAAAUACCUGUUAUUUUGUUUUUUAAGAUUAGCUUUAUAAUAUAUUAUGUCGAUUUAAAUAAUAACAAAAAAUCAAUGUCAAAAAUAUUCAUUUAAUCAGUCUAGAAUUUUCUUCGCUUCAAUAUCUCUGGUCGCCAGUUAAUGGGAUGUGUCUCUUCGGAGGCGGAGUCAUCCUCGCGAUAGAUCUUGAUG